CCCCCAUUUUUCCUUACAGGAGUGGUACGCGCCAAAGGGAGGCUUGGCGGCCAUUUUGUGCGCGGUCCAGAGAAGAGGGAGGCCUCCUCUGCUGCCGCCAUGUAUAUCAAGCAGGUGAUCAUCCAAGGAUUCCGUAGCUACAGAGAUCAGACUAUAGUAGAUCCCUUCAGUUCAAAGCAUAAUGUCAUUGUGGGUAGAAAUGGUUCUGGAAAAAGCAACUUUUUCUACGCAAUUCAGUUUGUUCUCAGUGAUGAAUUCAGCCAUCUUCGUCCUGAGCAAAGAUUGGCUUUGUUGCAUGAAGGCACAGGUCCUCGUGUUAUUUCUGCUUUUGUGGAAAUCAUUUUUGACAACUCAGACAACCGAUUACCAAUUGAUAAGGAAGAAGUUUCUCUUCGCAGAGUCAUCGGAGCAAAAAAGGACCAGUAUUUCUUAGACAAGAAAAUGGUGACGAAAAAUGACGUGAUGAAUCUCCUUGAAAGUGCUGGAUUUUCUCGCAGCAAUCCCUACUAUAUUGUUAAGCAAGGAAAGAUCAAUCAGAUGGCUACAGCGCCUGACUCUCAGAGACUAAAACUGUUAAGAGAAGUAGCUGGCACUAGAGUAUAUGAUGAACGAAAAGAGGAAAGUAUCUCCUUGAUGAAAGAAACAGAGGGAAAACGAGAGAAAAUAAAUGAGUUGCUGAAAUACAUAGAAGAGCGGUUACAUACUCUGGAAGAAGAGAAAGAAGAACUGGCCCAGUAUCAAAAGUGGGACAAGAUGCGGAGAGCACUAGAAUACACUAUUUAUAAUCAGGAACUUAAUGAGACCCGUGCUAAACUUGAUGAACUUUCAGCCAAACGAGAAACCAGUGGAGAAAAAUCAAGACAAUUAAGAGAUGCACAGCAGGAUGCUCGUGAUAAAAUGGAGGAAAUUGAACGGCAAGUUCGUGAACUAAAAACCAAGAUUUCUGCUAUGAAGGAGGAGAAGGAGCAGCUCAGUGCUGAAAGACAGGAACAGAUAAAACAAAGGACCAAACUAGAACUGAAAGCAAAAGACUUGCAAGAUGAAAUGGCUGGAAACAGUGAGCAACGGAAAAGACUCUUGAAAGAAAGGCAGAAACUUAUGGAGAAGAUUGAAGAAAAACAGAAGGAACUGGCAGAAACAGAACCUAAGUUUAACAGUGUAAAAGAAAAAGAAGAAAGAGGAAUUGCUAGGUUGGCACAGGCUACCCAGGAAAGAACAGAUCUUUAUGCAAAGCAAGGUAGAGGAAGUCAGUUCACCUCCAAAGAAGAGAGAGAUAAAUGGAUUAAAAAAGAACUCAAAUCCCUUGAUCAAGCUAUCAAUGACAAGAAACGACAAAUUGCUGCUAUACACAAAGAUUUAGAAGACACUGAAGCUAACAAAGAGAAGAAUUUGGAGCAGUACAGUAAACUGGAUCAGGAUCUUAAUGAAGUGAAAGCUCGUGUGGAAGAACUAGACAGAAAAUACUAUGAAGUGAAAAACAAAAAAGAUGAACUACAGAGUGAAAGAAAUUACUUAUGGCGGGAAGAGAAUGCAGAACAACAAGCUCUUGCAGCAAAACGGGAGGACUUGGAAAAGAAGCAACAGCUUUUAAGAGCAGCAACAGGAAAGGCUAUUCUAAAUGGCAUUGAUAGUAUAAACAAAGUUUUGGAGCAUUUUCGUCGCAAAGGCAUUAACCAACAUGUUCUGAAUGGCUAUCAUGGAAUAGUAAUGAAUAACUUUGAGUGUGAACCUGCUUUCUACACUUGUGUUGAAGUUACAGCUGGAAACCGGCUCUUUUAUCAUAUUGUAGAUUCUGAUGAAGUUAGCACUAAAAUAUUAAUGGAGUUCAACAAAAUGAAUCUACCUGGAGAAGUAACUUUUCUGCCUCUGAACAAACUGGAUGUUAGAGAUACUGCAUAUCCUGAAACCAAUGAUGCUAUUCCUAUGAUCAGUAAACUCAGAUAUAAUCAUAGAUUUGAUAAAGCUUUCAAACAUGUUUUCGGAAAAACCCUAAUUUGUCGUAGUAUGGAAGUGUCUACACAGUUGGCCAGAGCUUUUACUAUGGAUUGCAUUACUUUGGAAGGUGAUCAAGUGAGCCACCGUGGUGCUUUGACUGGAGGUUAUUAUGACACAAGAAAGUCUCGACUUGAACUCCAGAAAGAUGUUAGAAAAGCAGAAGAAGAAUUAGGAGAACUUGAAGCAAAACUCAAUGAGAAUUUACGCAGAAACAUUGAAAGAAUUAAUAAUGAAAUUGAUCAGCUUAUGAAUCAAAUGCAGCAGAUUGAAACUCAACAAAGAAAAUUCAAGGCUUCAAGAGAUAGCAUUCUGUCAGAGAUGAAAAUGCUGAAAGAAAAGAGACAGCAGUCAGAGAAAACAUUUAUGCCUAAGCAACGGAGCUUGCAAAGUUUGGAAGCAAGCUUACAUGCCAUGGAAUCAACACGAGAGUCAUUAAAAGCUGAACUGGGAACAGAUCUGUUGUCUCAACUCAGUUUAGAGGACCAGAAGCGUGUGGAUGCACUUAACGAUGAAAUUCGACAACUACAACAAGAAAAUAGACAGCUGUUAAAUGAGAGGAUCAAGCUUGAAGGCAUCAUUACUCGAGUUGAAACCUAUCUCAAUGAAAAUUUGAGGAAACGCUUAGACCAAGUUGAACAAGAGCUGAAUGAGCUAAGAGAGACUGAAGGUUGCACUGUUCUUACAGCUACAACAUCUGAGCUUGAGGCAAUCAACAAACGAGUGAAGGAUACACUGGCACGAUCAGAGGAUCUUGACAGCUCAAUUGAUAAAACUGAAGCUGGAAUAAAAGAACUCCAGAAAAGUAUGGAACGCUGGAAGAACAUGGAGAAAGAGCACAUGGAUGCUAUUAACCAUGACACAAAAGAGCUUGAGAAGAUGACUAAUCGGCAAGGAAUGCUUCUGAAGAAGAAAGAAGAGUGUAUGAAAAAAAUAAGGGAGUUGGGUUCACUUCCCCAGGAAGCUUUUGAAAAAUACCAGACAUUGAGCCUGAAGCAGCUGUUUAGGAAACUGGAACAGUGCAACACGGAGCUGAAAAAAUACAGUCAUGUCAAUAAAAAAGCUCUGGAUCAAUUUGUGAACUUUUCAGAACAGAAAGAAAAACUGAUAAAACGUCAGGAAGAGUUGGACAGGGGAUAUAAAUCUAUCAUGGAGUUGAUGAAUGUCCUUGAACUGAGAAAAUAUGAAGCUAUCCAGCUAACUUUCAAACAGGUGUCAAAGAACUUCAGUGAGGUCUUUCAGAAGCUGGUACCUGGGGGGAAAGCUACCCUUGUGAUGAAGAAGGGUGAUGUGGAAGGGAGUCAAUCUCAAGAUGAAGGUGAAGGCAGUGCUGAGAGUGAAAAAGGAUCAGGAUCUCAGAGCACUGUUCUAUCUGUAGACCAGUUCACUGGAGUUGGGAUCAGGGUUUCAUUUACUGGUAAACAAGGUGAAAUGAGAGAAAUGCAGCAGCUUUCUGGUGGACAGAAGUCUCUAGUGGCCUUAGCCUUGAUUUUUGCAAUCCAGAAAUGUGACCCAGCUCCCUUUUACCUUUUUGAUGAAAUUGAUCAAGCCUUGGAUGCUCAACAUAGGAAGGCUGUUUCAGAUAUGAUCAUGGAAUUGGCAGAACAUGCGCAGUUCAUCACCACAACUUUCAGGCCUGAACUGCUUGAAUCUGCUGAUAAAUUUUAUGGUGUAAAAUUCAGAAAUAAGGUCAGUCAUAUUGAUGUGAUCACUGCAGAGAUGGCCAAAGACUUUGUGGAGGAUGAUACUACUCAUGGAUAAGAGGAGAAAACCUGUCAGUCUGUUGGGAAAAUGUGUAAUGUGUAACAUAUUUCUGCCUACAGGCAGCUGUAUAAAUUUGAACUCUAUAUAGUCAUUGUUCAAGCUACUUUAACAGAGCUAAUAGACUAUUGUUAAGACUAUGUUUUUCCAUUGAUCUUGGAACCCAUUUUGUGUGUGAUGUUGUGUUCUUUUAUAAAACAUUUGUUAGUUUUACCUUCAUACAAAUUCUAGUAUCAAAAUGUAUUGUCUUUGAAUUUUUUGUAAAGUGUUUUUGUUGAAAAAAUUUUAGAUGUCAGUUCUUCCUUCCUGUAUAAACCCAUUAUCAUUUAUACUGCCUCACCUGUUGUUUUUUUUUAAAGUAGUUUCAAUAAAAUAAUCUGUUUCAAUGCUGUAA